UUGCCGUCUGCUUUCAGAGCAAGCAAUCGGAAGUUUUAAGCACGGAGUUGGGAUCCUGACUCGCUCUUCAUCACUCGCUGACCCGUUCAUUCUUACUGGAUAUACCCCUCAUGGUGGUCUUCAGGACGCGGAAAUCCAGCAUCAGUCUAAACGACUCCCACGAUUCUUCUGGCAGUGUCCCUCCAGUCAAAGCUCCAGUGAAGGUAAAAUCCCCAUACCCUCAUCCAUCCGUUCCCAGCUGCAGAGUUCUCAGUCCGGUCCAGGCGCAGGGUCUCAAGCAGUAUUCCUUCAGCUCAGACGUUAAGCCAACCAGCGCCUAUCCUCAUCUUCGGCCGUCCUCCAACUGUUCGAACGAAUCUCAUCAAACUCAAACUUCGCAACCACAUCCACACUGCUGCCCCCAGUCGUUUGCUCCGAAGUAUACUGUCGGCCACCAAUUUUCAGACUCUCUCCAGCGAGCCAACUCCAUACAAUCUUCCCCUCAUCAACCUCAACCUCAACAACAACAGCUUGCCACUCGCCCCCGUCUCGCAUCAUUCAUGGGCGCUCAAGAUCAGUCAUUCCCUUCUGCCGCUCCGGCCCAAUCGUCCUUUCGCCUUUUCAAGUCCAAAAUAUUAUCAUCCACAUCCAAGCUCAAGCAAUCCGCCCAAUUCGGCCUUGGCCCAUCAAGCUCAAAUGGAGCUCCCUAUCUAUCACCAUCCCUAGCAGCAUCAUCAGAUUUGCUGAACAACCCAAGCCAGGCUGCUUAUCACGAACAAAGUGCUUCUGCCGGUCAGCAAAAGUUCAAUACCGUCAGUCACGUCCGCCGACCCAAUUUUAACAAUCCGUCCCAACAGGAACCGGCAGAUUGGGUCCACUUAGACCCUUCAGCUCUAAGUCUAACUCCUCGUCCAUCAACUGACUCUGCCAGACCCACCUCAAUACACGCUGGUUACUCUUCUUCUCCAGCUCCAAUGGCAAUACAAGCUGUUCACUCCACAUCUCCGACUAAUAGGAUAGUGAUUGAUUCGAAUUCCAGUCGGCGCAAUUAUCCACAGUUUAACAACAAACCAGCCAUGCAAGCUGGUCCCAGAGUUAUGAGAAUCAAUCCUCAAUCAGAAACCCUUAUGCGCUUCAACACGCCCCCCUCAGGAAACUUACCAAACAAUGAGUUAUCUAUCCAUGCGCAAUCGCUUCGAGCAAUUCCGGUCCCACACGGUGGUGGCAAUGCACUUUUGUCGAUCAAUGCAUCCCAUCCUCUCCGCCAGGCUGCCCCGAAUUUGCCUCCGCAGCAUACUGACCCGCCACCGUUUGCUCCUGCUCCUGCAGCCAAACUUCCUGCUCCUCCGGAACCGGUUCCGACCUCGCUGGCUAUCGAGCAGGCAAAAACGCCUCCUUCUACUUACCGCGAGCCACCAACUUUCAAUCGGUUAGGUUCCAAUGAGCCCCAUCUAAUCAAUACCCCUCAAAGGCUUUCGUCCAUUCAACUUGAGCAGCCUGUCAAAGCCGCCUCAAGCUCUCGCGUCGGAGCUCCAGAAACAGCGUUAUCCAACAUAGCUGUCACUACACCAUCGCCGCCCACACCCUCGGCCGAAUCCAAUGUUCUCUCAGCGAGUUCAAUCGACCGGAAUGGUCAGAUGCCCGAGCCAGAUCAUGCCGGGUAUCAUCACUCCACGCUGAAAUCUUCCUUGGCAUACCGCAAACCCCCUACACCCCCUGUUGACUCCGCCUCCAACUUGACCGCGGCUCCCUCUUCCACAGUGGUGACAGAAAUCACCAAACCUAUCAUUGAGAAUCAAGUAGCGGGCCCGUCUUCAAACAUGCUAUCUUCGCCGCCAGCAGGAUCAUUGGACCUCGGCGAUUUCUCUUACUUGUUUACUAAUUCUAAUUCCGCUCCGACGAGGACUGACACAAGCGAUUCCAAGCAUCAGGACUCGCCCCUCUCCAAACGAAGAGAAUCCAUCCGCCCCAUACCUCCUCCACUCGCCUUUGCUCCGUUAACUGGGUCGUCCAAUCUUGUCUUCCCUCCCUCCCAGAGUCCUAUGACACCUACGGAAACGCUAUCUGUAACAGAUUCUCGUCCAUCCUCUACUUCACAAUUGUCGGGCAGAAGUGACAAUUUUUCAUCGCUUCCUUUCCUGGGCAAUGACCAAUCUUCUCCAAGGCUGUCCUCAACGCGUAGCAAUCAGUCUCCCUCCCCGCUCCCUUCGACUCCUAUCAAAUCGGAUAAGCACGCUUCUUCGACACCCUCGCUUCAUAUCGCACAUUCACCAAGUACACGCAGCCCUCUCCCUUCAUCUUCGUCCACGGCAUCUCCAACCUUGCUCACGUUCAAAUCUUCACUUUCCACCGCAGAACUUCGUUCAACAUCGGAAAACUUUACUUCACCACUUCCUUCCCCUUUGCAGAAACCCAUCCUUCCGACAAGCAAACCCCAAACACCAGAACCACAGCCUGUAAACAGUCAAUCUCAAUUUGAGCUCGAACAAGCACGUCAAAUGAUUUUGGGUCUUCAAAACCAAGUCAAGCAACUCAAAGACGCCUCACUCAGGCCAAGCCCAGUGAUUGAAGAGAACAUUUCAGAUUCUUCAUCCACUGUUGCACCGCUUGCAGCUGUGACUGCCGGAUCUAACGAUGACUCCCAGAAGAGUUUGUUAUCAGUAUCCAUCCCUAGUGAACCCAGAAGUUAUUCAACGGAAAAUCCGAGCAUGCAAGAGAAUCAACAACAAAGUGAUGACUUAUUGGAAACCACGCCAUUACAUGCAAAGGCACAACCAGCAAGCCCAUUCAUUGAUGCAGCUCUAGGCAGAAAUCCUGAAAGCGAGUCUCCUGCCCAAUAUGCCUUCCCUAGUCAGGAGGUAGCCCGCACUACGUCUCAGUUUAAUGAUGCCGAUCAACAGACAGAAAGAUCUUUGCCGCAAUCUGUACCCUCCCGAUUGCCCUUAGCUCAACAUCGAAUAAGAGGUAUGGCAUCGACAGAUUUUGGGAAGACUUUCGAUCCUGAUGUCAAGCCAGCAGCGUCUAUUCCCCGCCGGCAAAUCAAACUCUCGCUAGCAUCAGCUGUUUCGACUGAGUAUCGCUAUGAUACGCCAGAGUCAUGCUCAACUCAAAUGACGACCCCCUCCUCCAUCUCUACUUUCACACAGAGGUCAACAUGGGUCUUCGGGCAAAACUCUAUUCACAAUCCUCAUCCCGAGCAUUCCUCGAGAUUGGCUGGACCGGGGGGUCAACAAGAGCCACGAUGGCUGCCCUCCCGGCCACUCAAUGAAUCAGUCACAUCGGCAACCGUUCCACGGUCCUUAUCUUCAUUAAGUCAGUCAAGGGUCCGACCGGAUCCAGCUACUUCACGAAUCCAUCGUCAUCAUCAACCGUCCCCCUCGAUCAGCUUGCAAUCUAUCCAAGAUGAUGAAGAAUUUUCGGAAAGCGACAGUGAACUCGAAUCUGUUUUUGAACGCACCAGCCAUGUCUCAUCGCAUCAGGCCAGUCGCUCUGGUCUCGACUCCCUCAACGAGGAUUCCGUGCUUAACCUGGCCGGUGGGAAACUCAAUAGACUCAACUUGAGACUAAUGACCAAGCCUGAGCUACUGGCAAUCAUUAAAAAACAACACGCCAAGUUGGAGAACACAAGGCUCGCGUUCGCCGCCGAGCGAGAUGAUCUGAUUGAUACAUUGGAGCAAACUAGGGAGAGAGAAGCGGAGCUGAGUCGCGAGCGAGAGAGGCUACUGGCCGAAGAUGCUUGGAAGACUGAGGAACUUAAUCGAGCUAGGGAGGAGAUUGGUUGGCUCAGUAGACUGGCCGAUACCUUGGAGCUCGAAAAGUCACGACUUGAAAACCGAGCUAACUCGAUGGCUAACGAAUUGAAGCGGGCAGUCGUUGAUCUGCGAACGGUGUCUACGGCUUCCUCGCAAGGUCUUGGUUCUUCACGCGAUCUUAGAACGCAGCCGGUUGCCUCUUAUCAAAGUCACUCUUCAUUACGAUCCCCAGUGGCCGAUACUUUCACUAGCAGGAAGAGUGAUAGUGGUUCUCAAGGUCGCUCAGUUCGGAACUCUUCUCAUUUUCACAACUCUCACUCAUCCACCCCUCAUCGCGUCCGGCAAGAAUCUGUCGAAUCUGAUAGCACGGUCUGUCGUUUGGGCCCGAGUCCCAAGCUGCAGGUGUCUCGGUCACAGGCCAACCUGAAGAACCCCUCAUCGAGCUGGCGAGGACAUGACCCCCAGGCGUCGGAAUCGCCGGUAAUCAGCCCAAGGACGCGUGAACUCAAUCAACCCCAGCGGAAGUCGCCUGCUCAGCGCUCUAUGCCUGACUUUCGAUCGCCCCUCUCACCAUUGAAGAUACACUCUCAACGGCCCGCGCGUCAUGAAAAAUUGAGCAGUCGUCAGGUGAACUCUCGCCGCCGUCCAAGUGACGCCCAAUCCAUCUCGUCUGCACGGUCUCACACGGAGGAGCACGACGAGGAGAUCGAAUCAGAAGAUGGGUUUCGUGAGGAUGUGAUCAUGGAAGAAGAGCAGGAAGAGCGGGGCUCUCGGGUCGACUCUUGGGGCCAACAUGAACUCGACAGGAGACACUCAAGGACCAACUCCGAAUCAUCCCAGGCCAUCUCUCCUAGCUCCACUGUCUUCGCCGACCACCAUCGUGACCAUAGCUCCCGCACAACCACCCGCUCCAGCAGCUCUCAAGACCGUCAGGACUAUGGCUAUCGGAGCUCGUUGGUCAGCUUGCAAUUGAGACCUGAAGACGAACUGUUCUUGGAAAACUACCUGGAAGAGGAUGCUGAUGGCCUCGACUCUGAUCUCGAUUAUUAA